GCCACAGAGCCUUCCUGCAAAGCAUGCUUCCCUCAUCUGUUAGGAAGCCUAUAGGCAAUGAUGGAUUUAUCAGACUCCAUAUGGACUAUUAUCGUUUGGCUGCUCAACUACAAGCCAAUCUUGCUCCUGGUCCUGAUCGUGUUGCUGUCGUUUAGCAACUGGUUGGUCAAACAAGAAGUCUGGUCAAAUAGGAUGAAGCAUGAGACGGAGCGGGCUCAGCAUAGAGCAGUGCCCUGCAGAGAGCAAGUCCAGAGAGAAAAGAAUUGUGACAUCCCGAGAAGAGGCCAGCGACCCUGCUACACUGGAAAUGAGUAUGUAGAAAAUCCCAAGGUGUCUGAGUGUUCCAACGGCAGCGCCAUUCUCACCGCUAAGGAAGUCGACAAGAUGCACGCCUGCUUUGCUGUCCAAGACAAGCUCAUGGAGCGGCUCAUGUUCAACGAGAUGAAGCUGAAAGUGUUAGAGAAUCAGAUGUUCAUUGUUUGGAAUAAAAUGAACUUCAGGAAGAGGUGCCAGAGCCGGGUUUCUAACCCAGCCAAGUUCCUCUCCAGGCGAAAUGCCUUCUCCUCUGCGUCUGGCUUCAGCUCCAAUUCCCAUGGGCCUUGCUGACUUCCCCCCCUCAUUUCCCCCUUUCCCCCAAGUGAUUAGUAAAA